AUGGAGGAUUCCACAGAGGCGAGCGAGGUGCUGGACGACUGCGAGGCCUGUUUCGAGGGCGAGCCGGUGCUGCGGACGAAGACGGAGAGCUGGACUCAAUUACCUGAAGGCCGCCGAGGCAUCCGCGUGUCGGAGCUUUGGGACUUCUAUCGGCCUCAGACGGAGUGGCUGGAGCAGCUGAGGUGGCGAUGCGACAUCUGCCACCAGUCUUGCGUUUGCGCUGCCUGCCUUGGAGACAUGCCCGAGGAUUGCGAGCAUCAGCAGCAGUGCUCUUGUGGGGGUGGGGAUGGCGCCAAAGGCGAAAUGGAGACCAGGAACUUGUACGAGGUGGCCGCGGGGAUGAUCAUCCCCGCCUGCGCCGCGCUCAAGGUGUCCUACGUGGAGUUGCUCCGGCGCCGAGGCAAGGGGGAGGAGUUCGACGGAGUGAAACCGGACACCUUCGUGUCGCACUGGUGGGGAGAGGAGUUUCCCAAGUUUGUGCGCACGCUGACGGUCUUCGCGGAGAAGCGCUGCACGCUGCUGCCCUGGCUACACUUUUUUUACAAGCAGCGCGAAUACGAGACCUGGUCCUUUUGGAUCUGUGCCUUCGCAAACAACCAGUUUGCCAUCGACCACGCGCUCGGAGACUUCAGCAACGGCGCCACGCCCCGCACCGCGGUGAUGAGCUCCGCCUUCGCCAGCGCGCUGGACUCGGUGCAUGACGUCGUGGCGGUGCUGGAUGACCAGGCCAAGAUCUACACGAGGAUCUGGUGCUGCUUCGAGCUGUUUUCGGUCGCGCGCUUGCUUCCUCAGCGCAGAGGAAAGUCUUUGGAGAUCUUCAUAGCCAACGAGUCCGGGGUGGUGAGCUCUGGCUGUGGUGAUGUGUCAAUGAUGUCGGCGCUGCUAGAGAAGGUUCAGACCAAAGAUGCAGAAGCCUCCAACUUGGCAGACAAGGCUAUGAUCGAACAAGCCAUGAUGGCCGACGGCACAUCUCACGAGGAUUUGGACCGGGUGUUGCGGGCGCUGGCGCAGGCGGGCGACAGUGCCUUUCGUCACCGUCGGUGCCUCGAGAUCUUCGCCUGCGUCCUGCUGAUUGAGUUAAACGUGAUCUCCUGCACCAUGUACGUCAUGGACUUGUGCAGCGACCUGGAGGCCUGCUUUGAGGAGGAGACGAUCGAGAACGGCGUCAUCAAGGGCAAGGUCAUGGGUGGCUUGAACAACAUUCACGCCUGGGGCAUUGUGAUCAUGGACGGCUGCAUCCUGGUCUCCUUGCUGUACUUCCUGCUCCGGGCACUUCGAUGGUGGGCCUCGGACUGGUUCGGCCGUUCUCGGCACAUCCGGGUGAACCUCCGAGUGGCCGUUAUGGUCUUCGGCCUAGGCGCGGAUCGGAUCGCCAUCACCUGCUAA